GAAAAAACGGUGUCCUUUUCAAUGUUAAAAAGGAAAUACAACUUAAAUGCAAAUAUUAAAACAUGUGACUACUAUUUUAUUGUUUGGUUUUUGUGCCAAUGUGAUAGUUACUAAAAUAAAUCUAAGUAAAAAAAAAAAAGAGAGAUUUACUAAUCACACAGAUAUAAGUAAAGAAUUGACAAUUGUAAAAAGGAGGAUCUGCCAAUUCUUGUAUGCCUGGUGCAAUUGUUUGGAGACAGCAUUUAAGAAACACUUGUGGUCAUUUAAGAAACACUUGUGUUCAUUUAAGAAACACUUGUGGUCAUAUAAGAAACACUUGUGGUCAUUUAAGAAACACUUGUGGUCAUUUAAGAACCACUGUGGUCAUUCAAGAAACACUUGUGGUUAUUCAAUAAACAUUUGAUGUCCUUCAAUUAACACUUGUGG